AUGGCGGAAGGGACAAGAGCUGCCAAACGGCAACUACUUGUAGCACUUGAACACGGAAUAAGCUCAGACGAAAUGACAGAUCUGGUUUUGAAGUAUUGCCAGCAGUUCGUUCGAGAUUAUGGCAGCAUAUCUUGCCCUCUAGACCCGCAGUUUCGGUUGACACCAAAGUCUUGUCAAGAAAGAAAUGAGGAGUUAUUACGACAAGUUGCUGUGGCUGGCCAACCACAUAUUCUGAAACUGGUGCUACAAAGUCUUUCAACUUUGUCUAUGAAUUUAACAACAGAUGGUGUGGCGACUGUAGCUGAUGGUGCAAGUGGAAUUAUUGAGAGUACAGUUGCUGUUGUUGGCUGCUUAUCUCUAAUGGCAAAGUGUCCUGCUAACGUUGCGGUGCUUUCUUCCCACCUAACUGUUGACGCAGUAACAUCAAUUGGCACGGCUGCAAUUAGAAUGCUUUGUGAGGUACCACAUGAGGGGAAGAAGAGGCCAGUCAACGUCUUCAACGUCAUGCUUUCUGUUUAUAACAUUUGCUUUGAUUUCUAG